AUAAUUAAAAUGUCUGAUAAGGAGAGUCCAAUUAAAUAUUUCUUGAGCGGAGGAUUCGGUGGAAUAUGCACCGUAAUCGCAGGACAUCCUUUGGAUACGAUAAAACUGUAUCUAAUCCAAGUAGGAUUACUAAAUCCUACUUAGGAUUAAACUCCUUUUUCUUGAAGAGGACUGGCUCUCCUAAUGGAAAUGUUAAGUAGAGGAAGCAUCGCGUGUUCUAACAUUAUUAAAUUUGGUUCGUCUUCAAACCAUGCCUUUCCCUGGUCCAAACGAGGUAGCUUUAUAUAAUGGAACCCUGGACUGUGCUAAAAAAACAAUAGCAAGGGAAGGAAUACAUGGUUUAUACAAAGGUAUGGCCGCACCUUUGUGCGGUGUGGCUCCAAUAUUUGCUAUAAGCUUUUACGGAUUUGGCCUUGGCAAGCAAUUAAUAAGGACAACCGACGACGAACAAUUAACACCUUUACAAUUAUUUUACGCUGGUGCAUUCAGCGGUAUCUUUACAACCUUUAUAAUGGCACCUGGUGAAAGAAUAAAAUGUCUUCUACAGAUACAACAAGGUGACGCAAAACCAAAAUACAAAGGACCUACUGAUUGCGUAAAGCAACUUUACAGAGAGGGAGGAAUAAGAAAUAUUUACAAAGGUACCUGUGCCACUCUCUUAAGAGAUAUUCCUGCCAGUGGAAUGUACUUUAUGACGUACGAAUGUUUGAAAAAUUGGAUGACUCCGGAGGGAGGAAAACUCGGAAUAGUUCCUACAAUUUUAGCUGGUGGUUGUGCUGGUAUCGCAAAUUGGAUCGUUGGAAUGCCACCUGAUGUGUUAAAAAGCCGUCUACAAAGUGCUCCAGACGGUACUUACAAACGUGGAAUUCGAGACGUCUUUGUACUUUUAAUGAAAGAAGAGGGACCGAAAGCGUUAUACAAAGGAUGUGCGCCUGUGAUGCUUCGCGCUUUUCCAGCAAACGCAGCAUGUUUCCUUGGAUUUGAAGUUGCUAUGAAUUUCUUGAAUUUAGUGGUACCUAGUCUGUAAUACGAAUUUUUAUAUUUUUUUGGAAAUGUGAUGCAAUUAGUAUAUUUAACACUGAAUGAAUUUCGCAUUGAUGGUAUACUUUAAAGGUACAAUGUUUUACUCGUGAUUAAAGAUGGUAUAAAUAGUCAUAUUAUAAAUAGAGAAUACAAUUGAAAAGUUAAUGUAAUAACACUAUGAUACUGUUAUGGUAACUGAUCUUUACUUAUAGUUAUAUGAAAUUGAUUUGUUAUCAUAUACAUAGCUUGUAUGUAUUUUGAAUCUCUAUUUUGUUAAUUUUUAUAUCAAUUAUUUGUAACGGUAAAUAAAAGUUAUAUUCAAAACUAUA